UGUAUAACGAACUAUAAACACAACUCACGUUCUUCAUUCUUCUUCAUCAAAUUUCCGAUUCCUUUUUCCCUCUGAAGCAAAAAACAUGAAGUUCUCAGAUAUGAAACUCCAGGCCAUGAAUGCUGUGAGAGCUUACUUCGUAAGGAAUUGGACAAUAGAAGACCUGAUGAAUAAUGGAGAAAUUCCCCAGCAUGCUUACACAAGCUUGAAGAGGGUAUAUCUUACUCUCUUCUUUGCCAUGUGGAGCUUUACUUUUGGAUCCUUCUUGCACUGGACCCGGGGAGCGGGAGGACUGUUCACAGUCCUUUCUUCUGUAGCAAGUUUACUCUGUCUUUACUUUAUAUCACCAUUAAGAGUGAGGACGAGGGUCUUACUCUUGAUGAUUGCUGCCUUUUCCAUCGGUGCUUCUAUUGGCAUUUUUAUCAAAUAUUUCUUUGAUAUAGAUCAUGAAAUGACUACCUACUCUGGACUUUUGAGAACAAAGGCAUUGGAAGAGUGCUCUUUCAAUUUCUACAUCUUAAUGAAUUCAAUAGCAGUUACUUUGCUCCUUCUGUAUGUGUAG